GACCGGGGACCGGGCACCGGUACAGCUCCGCCCCGCCGGUCGGGCCCAGAGUCCGGGAUGAGAGGAGUCCCGUUAACCGAUAAACAGGAUGGACGUGUGCAGUAGGAACCCGAACCGCACGGUGCCGGUCACUGAGGACGGCCCGCACCGAGCUGCCGUGCCGCUGUGCUCCCGGACCAACGGCUGGAGCUGGCCGCCGCACCCCUUCCAGCUGCUGGCCUGGCUGCUCUACGUCUACUUCGCCGUCACCGGCUUUGGCGUGUUCGUCCCGCUGCUGCCCGCCCACUGGAUCCCCGCCGGGUACAUCUGUACCGGCGUUAUGUUCGUGUGUCACCUGUGCGUCCACGUGAUGGCGGUGACCAUCGACCCCGCCGACUACAGCGUGAGAACCAAGAGCGACAGAGGCCCCGUCCCCGUGUUCGAUCGCUCCAAACACGCCCACGUCAUCGAGAACUGCCACUGCUACUUGUGCCAGGUGGACGUGGGUCCAAAGUCCAAACACUGCAGUGCCUGUAACAAAUGUGUCGCCAACUUCGACCAUCACUGUCGCUGGCUCAACAACUGUGUGGGCAGCAGGAACUACAAGUUGUUCCUCCACAGUGUGGUCUCGGCUCUGUUGGGGGUCUGCCUGGUUCUGGUCGUGGCCUCGUACGUCUUCAUUGAGUUCUUUCUGGACCCAUCCAGACUGCGCACUGACAAACACUUCCUGGUGAGGAAUGAGACAGGUGUGUGGUUUGUCUUCCUGCCGGUGGCUCCGGUCCGAUCGGCAGCAGCAGUGAUUCCUGGUCUGGCUGCAGUCACCAUCGCUCUGGGUCUGCUGUCCUCUGUGCUGCUGUCUCACCUGCUCUGCUUCCACCUGUACCUGAUGUGGAACAGACUCAGUACCUAUGAGUACAUUGUGCGACAGCGCCACCGUCAGGACAACAGGGACUCAAGGAAACCAGGAUCAGUGAAGGAGACGGCAGCCCCGUCACUCAACCUCAUCAAGGAUGUGAACUACUCAGGGACUCUGGGUUACACCAACCCUCAGCUGGACGUGGAGGACCCUGUGGCUGUGAGGGGGGAGGCAGAGUUCCUGGCUAACGGCAGACUGAGGACUCUGUCCAGUCCUGUAAUGGAGGAAGAGACUCCGCCCACUGCGUCUACAGAGCUGAGAGCAGCAGCGCACGCACACCGACGCACACAGAAGAAGAAGGUCCGUAAAGUUCCAGCAGAGGUCACUAGAGAGCGCUGUCCGAGUACAGCCCCGCCACCUGAGCCCAGCAGUGUGUCCACUGUGUCUCUGGGUCAACGGCUUCCUUUCCCAGCCUUCCCUCUGAGGGCCUCCCUACCCCCCCUGGCCCUGGGCCCCAUCCAGGCCGCCGCCCCUCCUGCUGAGUACCACUCGGACUCUGCGGAGUCUCUGGAGGAGAUCCCGGUGGUUUUGGCCAAACUGGGCUCCUCGUCUUCCGCCGCCGGAGACGCCUCCUCACACAGAGUCCCCCCAGCCUUCCCCCUACCCUCCCCCCAGACCAGGACUAAGAGGAAGACCUCCUCCCGUGCACAUAAGAGCAUUGCGGAGCUGAGGUUCGAGAUGGCCUCCACCCACCCCCCCACUGUGUUCGUCAGCCGGUCCAGCGGGGACGCCCCAGAGCCCCGGGAGGAAGGCCUCAGUCUGGGCAAGAGGCAGACUGGCUCCAGGACCGGCUCCAGGCCUGACUCCAGGCCCGGGUCUAGGCCCGGGUCCAGACCGGCAUCCCGGGCAUCUUUGGGCUCAGGAGCAGGGUCCUGGAUGGAGCUGUGACCUGAGUGGACUGUGUAGUGGUCUAUACUGGUUUUAUUUAAUGAAGACUUUUUCUUUUGAUGCCAAAGGUCAGAUCCUGGUCUCAGGUCUGAUCAGGACCCUGAAACCUUAAAUUUAUACCUGUGUGUGUGUGUGUGUGUGUGUGUGUGUGUGUGUGUCUGGAUUUCAUAAUCGCCUACCAGCAGUACAUACUACAGUAAAUGCUACAUGCUACAUGCUACACACUGUAGAACUGCUGGUACCGAGUUAUACUAACUCAUGAGACUCCCAGUUGGUUUUACGGGUUCCCAGUUUAAUGGAGUUUAACUGCAGCUCAAUGGUCCCCAUGGUAACCCAGGGCUGACAUCAUUUCCUGUCUAGUUCCACCUCAGACCCACUGCUAUAGUACAAUCAUGCUAAUGCUAAUGCUGACAACAUGCACGUUCUGUUGUGUCAAUCCAACAGAACUGAUAUGAAAUCAAUAAAGACGAUAAAAUGACACAAAUUAAUCAAUGAUUUAAUCACUAUUUGAUCAAUAUAUUGAUUUUUAUUAGAAGCUUCUUUCACAAGUUGUUCACAGCGUUUUUAUCACUUUUUAACUGUCAAUUUUCAGCCAAUCAGAAGCCUCCAGCGUCUGUAGUCUAGUGUCAUCCUGUUGUUGUUUGUGUAGCGGCACCUUGCUGCCAUGCUGCAAACUGCGGCUCAGGGUGAACGCCUCCUGCUCUCUAUACCAGCUAGUGUAGCUUAGCAUAAAGACUGUAAACGAGUGUAAACCGUUAGCCUGGCUCUGAUGAAUGCACCCUCCAGCAGCCAGUGUAAAAACAACAGCUAGAGUAUAUAAGCUAGCAGUUAACCUCUGUUUCCACUCUCUAUGCUAAGCUAAGCUAACAGCUGCUGGAUGUGUUUAAUCUUCGUGUUUGUGCUAAAACCUUCUUCUGAAAUGUUUCUGAUGUUUUUUCACCUGUCAGCUGAUUUUAUCUGUUUCUCAAUAAACGAUAAAAACUGAUCACUAUCAA